GAAACCCAAACCCAACCCACACUCAACACGACUGAAAUGCAAUACUUCCUAGACCACGUGACUGCAAGAUUACGUUUUAAAGAAAGCCUAUGAUAUUCCUUCUUCAAAUCUCAACUCUUGAGCAUUAUUAGCAGAUGGGUUUUACUUGUCAGUAUUCUGCAUCGAAUAUGUCUUUAUAAAUUGCACUCAAGAUCGGUCUGUCUGUGUUGUAACUUUUCCUUAUUGUUGAGAAUAUGUUUUGGUUCAUGGACAUGAAGGGAAUAUGCAUUUUACCAGUUUUCUUGGUCAUCUGGUCAUCCAGCACGUUUAUGGUUUCCUACCUAAUUGCAUUGUUCGAGCAUGAUGUGGGUUUUAUCUUACCCUAUAUAAGUGAAAUUGGGGCUAAACCCCCAGCGAGUUGUAUCUUUGGCUUGAUGACGGUCAUCACUGCAUUUGCAGGUAUGGCCACCAUGUAUGCCAGAUACAAGUUUGUGGAGAAGCUCAAUGAGAAGGCAGGUGGUGUGCCCCCAGCACUGAACAAGGCUGCUUUAUGGAUUGGAAUGCUUUCUUGUUUGGGGAUGUGUUUUGUCGCUACUUUCCAGGAAACAACGAUUAUUCAAGUUCAUGAUGCAGGUGCAAUACUCUUCUUCGUUUCUGGUGUGUUGUACACCAUCCUCCAGUCCGUUAUAUCCUAUAAGACCAUCCCCUAUGGAUGUUCCAUGGCCUUGUGUCGUGUGCGCACAGGAAUGGCAACCAUGGCCUUCCUGGCAGUUCCCCCCACUAUUAUCUGUGCCUUACUGCAUAGAACUGAAGACAAGGACUAUGUGUUCCAUCUGGUGAGUGCUGUGAGUGAGUGGAUCAUGGUCUUCAGCUUCAUCUUCUUCUUCUUCACCUACAUCCACGACUUUAAAAAGUUUAUUCUGAAGCUGAGAACAGAGUUUGUUUCCUGACGAAGCAUCGAUUUUAACCUUUUAAUCUGAAUAUUUACAAAAUCAAGUGUAUUUUUCUGUCCAUUCGGAAAGUAUUCAGACCCUUUCACUUUUACCACAUUUUGUUACGUUACAGCCUUAUUCUAUAAUGUAUUAAAUUGUUCCCCCCCCAAUCUACACACAAUACCCCAUAAUGGCAAAGCAGACAGGUUUUUAGAAAUGUUUGCUAAUGUAUAAAAAUAAACGUAUCACAUUUACAUAAGUAUUCAGACCCUUUACUCAGUACUUUGUUGAACCACCUUGGGCAUUGAUUACA